CGCAUCCCCAGUAGUGCCCAACACUUAGCAUCAAUCGUAUUCGAACAAACUUUAUCACAUUCUACACACACCAUGAAUCACAAAUCCUCAUCCUCAGUUCUUCUAACCAUACCUUUUCUCUUCUUCCUAUUUUUGUCGUUGAAUCCAGUCGGACAUUGCGAACUUGAUUAUUACAUCUACAAUAACAAAUGCCCCGAUUUGUUCAGGAUCGUGAAAUAUGGUGUUUGGGCUGCUGUGCAGAAUGAAACCAGGAUAGCGGCCUCUCUCCUUCGAUUGCACUUCCAUGAUUGUUUGGUCAAUGGAUGCGAUGGUUCUGUGCUUUUGGAUGCCACCGCAAAGUUCACUAGUGAAAAGAAUGCACUUCCAAAUCGUAAUUCCGCGAGAGGGUUCGAGGUCAUUGAAAAGAUAAAGGCAGACGUGGAAGCAGCCUGUCCAUCGAUUGUCUCCUGCGCUGAUAUAUUGGCUAUUGCAGCGAGAGAUGCCGUCGUCGUCGCCGGAGGACCUUUUUGGCUUGUGCCAUUAGGUAGGCGAGAUGGCACAACUGCAAGUGAAGAGACAGCGAAUCAACAGCUACCAUCACCUUUUGAGUCUUUAAACAAUAUUACAGCCAAAUUCACCUCCAAGGGUCUUGAGCUGAAGGAUGUUGUGGUGCUCUCAGGUGCACAUACCAUAGGCUACGCUCAGUGCUUCACGUUUAAGCGGAGACUAUUUGACUUCAAUGGUUCUGGAAAGCCCGACAAGUCGCUUGAUUCGACGCUCCUCCAAAAUCUGCAAAGUACCUGCCCAAAGGGUGGAUCAGACAGCAAUCUGGCGCCCUUGGACUCGGCCAGUGCAUCCAAGUUUGAUAACGGAUAUUACAGCAACCUGGCAAAGAGUUCCGGACUUCUGGAGUCGGACCAAGCCCUUAUGAAUGACCCUACGACUGCCUCCAUUGUUAAUUCCUAUACCCAGUAUCCUUAUCUGUUCUACAAAGACUUUGCAGAGUCAAUGGUGAAGAUGGGCAAUCUCGGUGUGCUCACAGGAAACAAGGGACAGAUAAGGAAGAAAUGUGGAUCUGUGAAUUGAAAUGAAUACUACUCUGUAACAGUAUAUUAGUCCACUAAGCAUACCAAGUAUGCAUGUUUGAACAAUCUGAACAGAGUUCUAUGUAAGCUUCUAAUCAAUCUCUUCAUCAAUAAAUAUAAUGAACUGUAGGUUUCAAAUGUUCC